AAACGAUAUCUAUAUAGUCUCGACGAGUGACGCGAUACGGCCGCGCGGCGCGCGCUCGGCCGGAUGAUCGAUCGGCCGGAUCGAGCGAGGCGUAGACGGCGAGCGUCGUCGAUCGCGACGCGUCUUAUGGGAAUCGAAUCGCGCGAGAGUGACGCGAAUGACGUGAUCGGCCGUGUGUACGUUCCGCGAUAUUUGGCAACUUCUUGUUAAAUUUUUUUUAGGUAUCUCUGAAUGAGCGUCGACGCGAAAAGAAAACCGCUCGGCAGAACGAAAAAACGCGAAAAAAAACGAAAUAACACGACGCGAGAAGCGUAUACGGUUUGAAUCAUGCGCGACGCAGAAUUUCGAUCGCGGAUCAGGAGCUCCUUUCUUCAUUGACGACGGAAAUUCUCGUCGAUUAGAAAGGAGAGUUCGGCUGGGGAUUGUUCGUCGAGAGUGUGGUGCAGAAAAUACGCGGAGAUAAUCCUGACAUCCUGGCAUCGAUUUGUCAUUGGAUGUUUGAUAAUUAAGUAUAAUAAACGGCGAGAAUGGUGCGGGCAACUCGCGCGGACGGAGCGCUGACGAAGAUGAGGGAUGCGGUUCCGCAGAAGGGAAGUAAUAACGUAGCCACCCCCAAGUCCAAACCGUCCUUAGAAAUAUAUCGGCCCCCAGGUGGGAGAGCGGAAGGAACCACGGCGAACGUCACUUCGACUAAUCUUCGACUGAACGUGCACGCCAAGGAAUUCACGAUGAAGCAAAACGAUUCGCAUCCUUCUAAAUCUCGGAUUAACGCAUCGGAGCGUCCCGCGUAUUAUCUGCAGCACAGCAAAUCGAGCGGCAAUGUUCACCGGUAUCUCUACGCUCAGCAACAACAGCUGCAGCAUUCUCUGCAGCAACAGCAUCAGCUACCGUCCCGUCAUUCUCAGAGCGGCCAUCAUUCGACAGCGAAUUCCACGUUGCGUCAAUCCCAUCCUUUGGACACGUCCGCGUCCAGCGGAAACAUCUUGCACGCCGCGAAUCGGGUGCACUUCAGUGUGGACCAAAACGAAGUCAAGACUAAUUCCGUGAAACCGGGCAAGCUCACCAAAUCGCACACCUUCGUAUCGACUUAUGGCCUGAAGCGCAUCAAGAGUCUGAACUCGACGGAUGUAUUAGCCGCGAAAGCACUCAACAUCGCGGACGCCUCCGAGCUCGGAAAAUUCCCCUCGCCCGUUCAAGAUAUACUUCUGCGAGCGAUAGAAGAUCCGAAUCUGUUAAAUGCGAGGACGUUAAUGGAACUAGUACGGCACAUUUUGGACAGGGUAGUGGAAAAUCGCAAGUAUGCCGAGCCGGCAGCUAAAAUUUGCAUCACAAUUAUAGAGAAAGAAACAAAGGAAACUUUCCUAGAAUCCUUGCUAAAUAUGUGCCAACAGUGGUACCAGGAUCGCGCUAGAUUACUGCACGACAGUACGAUCUACCAUCGAUACUCAGCCUUCAUGACGUUUCUCAACGAGAUGUAUUGUCAGCUGAAGCGACGGCAGCUACAAUUGAAGACACAGCAGGAGGGUGUUCCACCUGGACGUGUGUUGCUCACGCUGCUUUGGAAAUGCUGCCAGGACUGUCUGCAACCGCCCGUCAUUAAUUCGCUCGCCGAGACGAACUGCCUGUUCUUCAUCCUCACGUGCAUCGGCAAGGACCUGGACGCGGAGCUGCCCGCGCAGCUGCAGCAGCUGCUCGGCAGCGUGCGCGACGCCUUCCUGGCGGAGGAUACGACGCUGCCGCCGGUCAAGAGGACUCUCCUGCAACUGAUCGAGCUCCACGCCGCCCACUGGCAGCUGCCGGCGCCGGCGGUGGUUUACUACUACCCCUCGAACUCGAACUCCAAGUGACCGCCGCCUGGCGUCCGCGGUCACUCUCCGUCCGUCUUUCCAGAGUACGUGCGAGUGGAUUUGCGCGAGAGCGCAAACGGGUGUGUCUUUUUAAGUAUUUGUACCGCAACGAAAUGUUUUUUUUUUCUUUUCCUAACGAGCACGCCAAUGGGUUUCGACGCGACAAUAAACGACGCACGAACGAAAGAAACCGACGUCGAUGAGUUGUGUAUGUUUUUUUUUCUCUCAUUCUACGACGAUCGCGAAAAACGCGGUGUUUGCGACGAGAUCUCGUUCCUUCCACGAAACGGAAGUUUUUGUUCGACGAUUCUGUAUGCAAACGAAUGGUAUGCGAAUAAAAACACAAGUUCUUUUUCA